AUGGUGCACAAUGCUUGCGCCCUCGUCCUUUUGGGCCUGCUGCUACUAGCCGCUCCCCAACCUACUAAAGCAUACACGAUCAAGAGCCCUCGCGCGGAUGCAGCUGCGGCGACGGAUCGCGAGCGCACCAGCCUCAACGCAGGGUGGCAGUUUUCACGCUUCACCUCGAAUCCCGACUCGCUGUCGUACAACACCCUGAACGGUGCCAAACACCAGAGCCCUUCCGGGACACCUCCGGGUAGCAGCGUUCAAUACGUGCAACCGUCAUUUGACGAUGGCAACUGGGAGACGGGCACCUUCAACGCACCCGGCAUCACGGGAGGCAUGGGCAGGUUGCCCUUGAACGGAGUGGGCUGGUACCGCCGGAACGUGAGCAUGGCCCCAGACGACGAGGGCAAGUCCAUAUUCCUGGAUAUCGACGGCGCCAUGUCCUAUGCGGGAGUCUGGCUCAACGGCAACCUGGUGGGCGGAUGGCCGUACGGCUAUGCCUCGUUCCGCCUGGACGUCACCGCGCACAUGAGACCCGGCGAUGACAACCUACUGGCCAUUCGACUGGAUAACGCGCUUGACUCGUCGCGCUUCUACGCCGGUGCGGGCAUCUACCGGAAUGUCUGGCUGGUCAAGGUCAACCCGACGCAUGUGGGCCAGUACGGCACGCAUAUCACGACGCCGGAUGUAUCUGCCAAGUCGGCCACUCUUAACCUGGUUGUCGAAGUCGAGAACAUGGGAAAUGACAGUCAGCAAGUUGAUGUGGUGACCGAGGUGCAUGUGCUCGAUCCAGCGACUGGACAGGCCGGACCGGACGUGGUGGCUACCUUCGAACAGACAACGGCAACUGUGGCGGCAGGUGGGAAGCAGUCCGUCAACGGCUCGGUUACGGUGACAAACCCGCUGCUCUGGGGACCACCACCGGCACAGAAGCCCAACCUGUACGUCGCCGUAACAACCCUGUCCAUCGACAAGACGGCAAUCGACACCUAUGAAACCCGCUUCGGCAUCCGGUCAGUGACGUAUGACGGAGACAAGGGGGUAUUGAUUAAUGGCCAGGCGGUGCGCGUCCAGGGCACCAACAACCACGCCGACCACGGUUCUCUGGGAACUGCAUUCCAUACAUGGCCGAUGGCCGAUCGGCUGGGCUUCAUGGUUCUAGACGAGAUUUUCGACGUCUGGAACACCGGCAAAAACACCAACGACUUCCACUUGAUCUUCGCGGACUGGCACGAGCCCGAUCUCCGGUCCUUCAUCCGGCGCGACCGCAACCACCUGUCGGUGAUCGCCUGGAGCUUCGGCAACGAGGUCAGCGAGCAGUCGAGCGCGGCGGGCGGCUCGACGGCGCAGCAGCUGCGCGACAUCGUCCGAGCCGAGGACGCGACGCGGCCGACGACGGUGGCUAUGGACUCGGCCGGGGCGGGCAGCGCCCUGGCCGGCGUGCUGGACAUCGAGAGCCUGAACUACCAGGGCGAGGGCCGGGGCACGACGACGCAGGGGUCGUUCUCCAGCUUCCACCAGGCGUUUCCGCGGAAGAUUGUCUGGAGCAGCGAGAGCUCGUCGGCGCUCGGCACGCGCGGCACGUACGUGUUCCCCGUGACGAGCGCCAAGAGCGCGGACGUCGGGGACGGGUCGGGCGGGAACUCCACGGCCUUGCAGUGGGGGUCGUCUCCCGACAAGGUGUUUGAGGCGCACGACAGGAACCCUUACGUCGCCGGGGAGUUCGUCUGGUCCGGGUUCGACUAUCUGGGCGAGCCCACGCCCUACGACUCGGCGCGCAGCUCGUAUUUCGGCAUCGUCGAUCUGGCCGGCUUCAAGAAGGACCGCUUCUACCUGUACCAGUCGCGUUGGCGGUCCGACUUGCCCAUGGCGCACAUCCUUCCUCACUGGACCUGGCCGGAGCGGGUCGGGCAAGUCACCCCGGUCCAUGUUUACUCGUCGGGCGACGAGGCCGAGCUUUUUGUGAAUGGGAAGUCGGCCGGGCGACUGAAGAGGCAACAGUACGCGUACCGCUUCCGGUGGGACGACGUUGUCUACCAGCCCGGCAACGUCAGCGUGGUCGUAUACAAGAACGGGGCGCGCUGGGCGGAGGAUACCCAAAAGACGGUUGGGAAUGCCGCAAAGCUGAACGUGACGGCGGAUCGCACGACGAUCGAUGGCGAUGGCUACGACCUGUCCUAUAUCACCGUCGCGGUUGUCGACAGCAACGGGGACGUGGUGCCGCGGGCAAACAAUGCCAUUACGUUUUCCGUUUCAGGCCCCGGCCAGAUCGUGUCUACGGACAACGGUGAUCCAGCCGACAUGACCGCGUUUCCGUCCUUGACACGGAAAGCCUACAGUGGCCUUGCCCUUGCCAUUGUCCGCGCCAACGCUGGAGCUUCUGGAAAAAUAACUGUCUCGGCGGCGGCAACUGGUCUUGCGGGCGCAGAGGUGACUUUGCAGGCCAGUUAG